AUGCGCAUUGAGUACUUAAACUUUUUACAUCUAGUACCAGUGAAGGAACCACCGAAUCCCUUCUGGUCACAUCUGAAGAAUCAGUCAAAGAAACAGAAGGCAUUGACUUUAGCCAUUCUUGUGCUUAUCUGCAUGAUCUGUAUCGCAGGCAUUGGGCUCUGCAUAUUCAUGCGCUGUCGUCAACGUAAAAGCCGAUGGAAGGCAGGUAAACCAAGGACUAGUGGAACAGGUGGCAAUUAUCAAGUUCUCUUCAAUUUGGAAGACAAUGAGCACUAUGGAAAUGGAGAUAACUCCUUAUUCUAA